UACAGGUCAACAUACCAAUUAUAGUGAUCUUCCGUUACUCAAGACGUCCAGAGGCCACUAAUCGUACAUGUUAAGGUAGAUAUUCAUCUGCAAACACCGGGUCAUUGACGGGUCGCUGUGACGAGUUUACGCGCUAAAAAUAGAUCCAGGCCAGUUGUAGUUGUGAGCGAGACGGGCGUCGCAUUACUGGAAACAUGUUCUCCCAAAAGGAAGUGUUUGCGCGGGCCUCCGACCUUCUGCUUGUUCCCUUCUAUCUGUCAGCAUCCCUCUUCUUCGUCGUCUUCCAACCAUUUGUUGACCUGCCUGAGGAAUCCGUCGUGGCCGCCUUCUUCAAAGCACUUCCGGUUCUGUGUCUAGCCGGCUUCGUGUACAAGAAACACCUGCACCCAAACGGAACCGACGACCACUACAUCCCUUCAGUGCUCAUUGGUCUGCUGGUGUCGAGUUUAGGCGACGUGUUCAUGCUGUUUCGUUCGUCACUUCUUCCUCUUGGCGUGUUCGUCUUCUCCAUAGCGCAUUUCAUGUACAUUGUUGGCCUGAGCGGGAAGCAAGACUCGGACAACCGGAAGUCCGUGUACCUCUUUGUGAACCUCCUCGUUGUAAUGUUUCUUGGCUACCACGAAUCAAUUGACUCUACUUUUACGAAGUUAUCCCUUGUUGGAUAUUUUGCUCUGCUUAUGACCGUUGGAGCAAUGACGUCAUGUCGCUACGAGAAGGAGAGAUCUGUUUCUGCUUUGUGGGGAAUAGUAGGCGCUGCCUUGUUCAUCUUAUCAGAUACUCUCAUUGUUAUCGAUACAUAUUCCCUUGGUGGGGGAUCCCUUGAGUGUCUCGUGAUGAUCCUCUACUAUGGCGCUCAGUUUAGCUUUGCCAUCAGCACUGUCACCGAAAUCUCACCCGAAGACAAGGAUGCGAAAGAUAAAUAAUUUAUGGUUAUACAACUUGUUUACCCGAUAGGAUUCGCUAGAUCUGAGAGAUGAUAAUUCUUCAGUUUGUUGGAAAUAUCAAGAUUAAAGAAUAAAGCUCGAUUGUGAACUCUU